AUGCUUCAACUCGUUCCGUCGCAAGCAAGAAACUACAAAAGCCAUGAGCUUCGAUCAUUGAGCAGUAACAGAAUCCCGGGAAGGGGUUGGCAAGCUGUCGACACAACCAUGCUCGCCAUUGACGGAAGCUCAGCUUUCCUACUCAAACAAUCAGAGAAUGCCCCAGUUAUUCGACUUAUACAACCCAAAAUCGACCCUGAGUUGAUCAAAAGCUGGCUCAACUACUGCCAAGACAAUCAUUCUAGUUCAUGUGGUAUAGGAGAUGGACCACUUUCGUCCAAGUUCAUCACAUCCCCACUCUCUGCAAUCACCUCGUUUAGAGUAAUCGAUUGUGCGACGCGACAAAUUGUUCAUGGCUCUGGAGUCCAAUACGUGGCUCUAAGUUAUGUAUGGGGAGCGGGUGAAAGAGGUCCAGAUUUUUCUCGAGUGUUGCCGCCUCAGCUGCCUGAAACUAUUGAAGACGCUAUUGUCAUUACUCAAUCCUUGGGUAUGCGAUUUCUCUGGAUAGACCGGUUUUGUAUCAAUCAGUCUCAGCCAACUGAAGUGCAGGAACAGGUGGGGCACAUGGACUUGAUCUACAGCUGUGCUUAUCUCACAAUUAUUGCCGCUGCAGGAGCAACCCCCAAUCACGGCCUCCCAGGUGUUGGAAAAAGAUGCAGACAACCCCAACCGCACGGAAUAGUCCGAGGACACAUGCUAGUAUCGUCUCUCCCAGAUCCAAGAGGCGAAAUACGACAUUCGAAAUGGUUUCAACGAGGCUGGACUUAUCAAGAAGGCAUUCUUUCUCCCAGACGACUUAUCUUCACCGACAGUCAGGUCUAUUUCGAGUGCUCUGGCAUGUACUGUUGUGAAGCUCUCAACCUCCCCUUACGAAGCCUCCAUAAUCAGAAGGGCCACCGUUUUAAAGCACAAUUUUGUGACAAAAUCAACAUUGGGAUGUUCACGAGAGGAAUCGGCACGUCAGGAUGGGAGAUAGUCCAAAGAAUCGAAGAAUAUACUGAAAGGCAGUUGACCAAUCCCACUGACAUCUUGAAGGGGUUUCUUGGCGUCUUACACGCCUUUGCAAGGAGCCGGAAACGAGUGUUACAUUGUGCUGGUGUGCCGAUGAUUUCGGCAUCUUCACAACGAAGGCCUGGUCGGGAAUCAAAGCCACAUCUCCACGGACUGUCUCCACUCACUGGAUUUUAUGGGGGAUUAUGUUGGGGGGUUGAUGCACCAGCAGAGCGGCGUGAGGGGUUUCCAUCCUGGUUGUGGACAGGUUGGCGAAGCAAGAUAAGGUGGGAAAUGAAAGACUGGGAAUGGGACCUGCUGGACCUGAACAAGGAUCUUCAAAUCUCGAUUCAGCUUGAAGAUGGUAGCGUUGUUAACAUGGAGAAAUUCUGUCACGCCUAUGAUGACAUGAGCAUGAAGAUUUCCGACACUUUGCAUAUCGCCACCUGGACCUUUCCGGUGCGAAUCUGUAGAAGUCAGACAAUUUCCUCCACCUUGGAGUAUAAGGCAAUAGUACAACUCGAAGACAAAGGACCAUCCGUAUGGACAUUCGCACCAACUUGCACUACACCUAUUCUUCCGGGUACCAAGUGCACUGGGAUACAUUUGUUUCACACCACUGAAGGAAGGGACCUUUCAAGACUGUAUGUUCUGGUGAUUCGGGAAGUGGAGGUUGGAGUAUAUGAGCGAGUGGGUUUUGGUCAAAUGGAUAGUGAUAUGAGGACGGUUUCUGAGUAUACGGGAUUGAGGCUUGGAAAUCUGGAUGACGAUGAAUUGCAAACACUUAUAACAGUAUGGCGACCACUUCCUGUACCAAAGAAAGUAUGGAAGGAGUUUAAGCUUCGUUAG